AUCAGUUCCCACCCCUGUUCUGCUGCCAAAUGGCCGCGAUCUCUUCCAAAUCUUGAGGAGUUGCUGUCUUCGGGUUCCUCAACGCCGAAGGUUCUGCCUGACUUUGACUUUCAUUGGUCAUGACCCUUGGAUGGUGCAGAUGUCUGGCGACGCUGUGGUCCGAGCUGCGCAGCCAUGCCCCAUUCCGCGAACCUGUCAAAGGCAGCUUGUUCGAGGAGGUGGAAGUAUUGCUGUUCAUCAUUCCAGCAAGGUUUGGAACUCCCUGCGCCAAAGUACCCGUGGACCUUGUCCUCCAGGACUCCGCUGCCUUGUCCUUUGUCUCCUUCUCGACCUUUGGCUGGAAGGUCAGCGUCCCCAUGUCGCAGUCUCAUUGGCGCCAACGUCAGUGGCGCUCACCUUCAAGGACCACUGGACGUUCUUUUCUUGGCUGUCAUCCUGGCUGGAGGAUCCAUCCAUUUUGUGAACGAUCACGACCCGAUCAUUCACAAACACAGUCCAACUCUUGGCCCUCGAUAUGGCCCUUGCGCAUCAAUCGAGCAUAUUUCCUGAAGGCCUCCUGUGGCUGUGCCUUGAGCAUGGUGAAGACCUGGGAGGCCAGGACAAGCUCUGCACCUGGAUCUUCUCACCUGGGCGAGCGAGCUGGCUCCUGCCUCGUUCCACUGUCGAAAGCGACCCUUCCGCCUGGGCGUCGAUGGUUGGCCUCCAGACAUGUCCAGUUCUGCGGGAGGCCUGCAGGUGGCAUGAUUGCGAUUGGAGGAAUUGGUUGUGCCUCAGGAAGACAUUCUCCAUGUGAAGGCGAAUGCUGAGAAGUGCUGAGAGGAGGUUCUGAGUGCGUUUCAUACAACCUUUGCAGCAGAAC